AUGUCUGACUCCGAGGACUCUCUCGGCGUUGUCGAUGAAACCGCCGGUGACGACCUCUUCGGCGACGAGGGCGACGAAGAGCCGAGAACAACCCGAGUUCUGGACGAUGACGAACUUGCUUCAGACCCCGAUUACGAUGCUGAUGCGCGGCGACGAGGCUACGACGACGAGGAUGGUCUCCCGCGUGAGACGCGAGAUCGGGUUGUCAUGGCGGUGCAGACCUAUCGCCAUCAGAUCCCCAAACCCAAAGACGGCAUUACUAAUGGCGCAUCUCAGCUUCGUGUUAUGAGAGUUCCCAAGUUCAUCAAAUUCAUGCCCGAGGAAUACGUCGCGGAAACUUUCCAACCAAGUGAUUUUGACCUCGACAAUGCGAAAUCCGACAGGCCGAAACACGUAGCCCGCAUCCGAAAAGAUGCAAGCACGGGAUAUCUACAGAGCAACACGAAUAUUUAUCGGUGGAGUGACGGUUCGUUGACCAUUUCUGUCGGCGGCGAGCAUUACGAAAUACAAAAGAAGGCACUCGCGCCUGGAACGGACCAGCCGUACAACGAGCUUCGCGAUGGACAUCACUACGCGGCGGCGGCCGAACUCGGCAGUAAUAUUCUACUGACUGUUGGUCACUUGACGGAGCAGUUCAACGUGCGACCCAAUAAGGCAGUUGGGGAUGACGCGCUGUCCGUGCUGGCCGAGCGAAUGGCCCAGGCUAGCAAGGCAGCAAACGACGGUGAUAUGAUUAUCCGCACCACCCGAGACCCCGAGUUGCAGAAGAAACAGGCUGAAAUGGCAGAAAAAGAGAGGAUGAAGGCUCAACGCCGACGCGAAAAUGCCGCGCUAAAGAUGGACGGUGGACUCGGGCGGUCCGGUCGUGGGGGGCUAUCGAUUAGGGACCUCGAAGGCGGCCGUGGCUUCGGGUCUGGACGCAAGAGAGGCAUGCCGGAAUCUACGAAACCCAAGAGACGCCGGCCAGAGUAUGACUCUGACGACGAUCUCCCACAGGGUGUCGGACGGCGCGAAGACUAUGAUUUGGAUGACGGCUUCCUGGUGGGCAGUGAUGAGGAAGAAAUGGACAGCGCAGCAGAGGAUGAAGAGGAAGACUUGCUGGAUGAUGACGAGGAGGAACGACCACCUCGCAGCAAGAGACAGAGGACAAGGGAUCCAGACGAAGACGAGGAUGCCGAGGGAGACGAGGUCGAACCAGGCGAGCCGUCCGGAAGAACUAGGCGGCGAAAUAUUGUAGACGAGGAUGAGGAAGAGUAA